AUGUCUGAUAAUAUUAACAAUAAUAAUAAUAAUUUUACCUCUCCACCAAAUCAUUUCUUACAUGAAUGUAUUGAUUUAGCCAUUGAUGGCUUUUUAUUUCGUGGUAUAACACCAUCUGAUCAUUAUUAUCAUUUUUCUCGAUCAUUUCCUCAAGCAUUUUCAAAUUCUUUAAAUACAAUUUCAAAACCAAUAUCUAAUCCUCAACGAAUAAAACCUCUUUCAACAUAUGAUAUAUCAUUACCAGAAGAAAAACUAUCAUUAACUCGUAUUUCAUCAAAAUUAUCAAAUUUUCGUACAACAUUUAGUAAUCAGACAUUAUCAAAAAAUACAAAUGGUUUCAUAGAUCCAUUUAAAUCUCCAUCAUCAGAAUUAAGUUAUCUUGCUAAUGAAGUACGAAAAAUAGAAGAACGUAUGAAAAAACAUCGUCUAAGAUAUAACCGACCUGAAAAUCCAUCACAUAUGACAAUAAAAGAAAUUUAUGAUGAAAAAAUAAAUGUUCAACAAGAAUUAUUAAGAUUUGAAACCAAAUAUUCAAAACCGACAAAAGGUGAACAAAAAAAAAUUGUUAAACCAUUAUAUGAUUAUUAUCGACAAUUAAAAAGACUUGUAGAAAAUCAACAAGAACAACAAAUUUAA